AUGCCAAGCACGGCACAAGAGGAGGCCACGUCAGUCACAGACACAGACAUCACGGCAAAGAUGGGGAAGUGGGAGACCACUGGCCUAUGUGCAAAGGAUUCUGGGAGGAUAUCUGGAGUUUGCAUAUUUAAAGACAGCUGUCAGAGGCAGGAAACUGGGGAGGGGAUCCCUGGGGGACCAAAGGGUCCUGGAAGUGAGAAGAGCUCCCAAGAACCCACCAUGGCCCCCAGUGUGCCCCUGGCCUGCCUCCUGUUGCUGCUGUGGCUGACAGCCCCUAGCAGGGCCUGUACUUGCGCCCCAUCACACCCUCAGACUGCCUUCUGCGGCUCCAACGUUGUCAUCAGGGCCAAGUUUGUGGGGACGGCAGAAGUCAACCAUACAACCUUAUACCAACGUUACGAGAUCAAGACGACCAAGAUGUACAAAGGAUUCCACGCCUUGGGAGAUGCCGCUGACAUCCGGUUCGUCUACACCCCCGCCACGGAGAGCGUCUGCGGAUACUUCCACAAGUCCCAUAACCGCAGCGAGGAGUUUCUCAUCGCUGGAAAACUGCGGAAGGGCCUCCUGCACAUCAGCACCUGCAGUUUCGUCGUUCCCUGGCACAAUCUGAGCCACGCUCAACGCCGGGGCUUCACCAAGACCUACGCUGCCGGCUGUAAAGAUUGCACAGUGUUUCCAUGUUCAUCCAUUCCCUGCAAACUAGAGAGUGACACUCAUUGCUUGUGGACAGACCAGCUCCUCCGAGGCUCUGAGAAGGGCUUCCAGAGCCGCCACCUUGCCUGCCUGCCACAGGAGGCAGGGCUGUGUACCUGGCAGUCCCUGAGGCCUCGGCUGGCUUGAAUCCUGACUUGGGUGGAUGCUGAAGCCUGCACAGUCUUCCCUCUUCCCUCUCCCAACUUUCUCCCAAUGAAAUAAAGAACUGCCAUCAGCAGA